AGCCUCCAUAGCUGCCGCUUAGCGUCCUACCUUGCGCCCUCGGAGAGGCCGAGGGGAGACAGGCCUCACCGCCGCCGCCUGCUCUCAUCCCUAGGUAGGCGAGAGUCUGCCAUCAACCGCACCGUUGACCAGAAAUGGCCUGGGCCCCAGAGCGGAAGGGAGAGUUCGGAUGGAGAGAGUCCAGGGCCACUAGCGAUGACCGAGGUCGAGGCCUAUCCCGGGGCCGAGGCCAGGAGCGGGGCCGAGGCCAGGAGUGGGGCCGAGGCCAGGAGAGGGGCCGAGGCCAGGAGAGGGGCCGAGGCCAGGAGUGGGGCCGAGGCCAGGAGAGGGGCCGAGGCCAGGAGUGGGGCCGAGGCCAGGACCGUGGCCGGGGAUGGGGUUGGAGUAGCUCCUCCCCCUACCGGGAGCCCAGAGCAUCUGGCUCCGGACAGCCACCCCUUUGCUUGAAAUUGAAGAGCAGUAUGGUUGGUAUGGUGAUUGGUCGUGGCGGAUCAAAAAUUAAUGACAUCCAGAAUAGAACCAAAACCAAAAUACAGAUCAUAAGAGGUGAUCCUAUAGCCGAGGUAAAGAUUUUCGGAAGUGCCGACAUGAAGGCAAAGGCCAAAGAGGCUAUAGAAGAUAUUGUUAAAAACCAAGAGAACCCAGAGUCGGCAUCCAGUGUUGAUGAGGCUACAUCCCAGCCCACUAUUGGGAGAGAUGUCAGCACUGGUAGCGCUGUGAAAAAAGUUCAGCCACUGCUAGAUUGGGACCAAAUUAGAGCAGAGGUUGCCGAGUGGGAGAAAAAAAAGUGGGCAGAUUUACCACCAAUUAAGAAAGACUUUUAUGUAGAAUCUGAAGCAACUCGCUCAUUGUCUCAAAAGCAGGUGGACAUUUGGCGAUCAGAAAAUUUCAACAUAAUGUGUGAUGACUUGAAAGUGGGGGAGAAACGUCCCAUCCCCAAUCCGAUUUGUACCUUUAAGGAUGCCUUCCAAAACUAUCCUGAACUUAUGCAAAACAUUAAAAAAGCAGGUUUUAAAAUGCCAACACCAAUUCAAUCACAGAUGUGGCCAAUUGUUUUACAAGGAAUGGAUCUUAUAGGAGUUGCACAAACAGGAACAGGAAAAACACUGUCCUAUUUAAUGCCUGGGUUUAUACAUCUCAGUUUCCAACCUCUACCUAGAGAAGAAAGGAAUGGUCCUGGAAUGCUAGUCCUGACACCCACUAGAGAACUAGCCCUUCAGGUGCAAGCUGAAUGUUCUAAGUAUUCAUAUAAAUAUCUUAAAAGUAUUUGUGUAUAUGGUGGUGGCAAUAGAAAAAGACAAAUAGAAGAGAUAACCAAAGGUGUAGACAUUGUUAUUGCAACUCCUGGGAGACUGAAUGAUCUGCAAAUGAAUGACUUUGUCAACCUAAAAAGUAUAACCUACUUAGUCUUAGAUGAGGCGGAUAAAAUGCUGGAUCUGGGCUUUGAACACCAGAUAAUGAAGAUUUUAUUAGAUGUGCGCCCUGACAGGCAGACUGUUAUGACAAGUGCAACGUGGCCUGAUAGCGUUCGCCGUCUAGCAAGAUCUUAUUUGAAAGAGCCUAUGAUUGUUUAUAUUGGUACCCUGGAUCUAGUUGCUGUCAGUACAGUGAAGCAACAUGUAAUAGUCACCACAGAAGAAGAAAAACGAUCUCUAAUCCAAGAUUUCCUACAGAACCUGUCACCUAAAGACAAAGUCAUCGUUUUUGUCAGCAGAAAACUUGUGGCUGAUGACUUGUCAAGCGACUUAAGCAUCCUAGGCAUACCCGUGGAGUCCCUGCAUGGUGACCGAGAGCAGAGUGACCGCGAGCAAGCAUUAAAUGACUUCAGAAGAGGAACAGUGAAAAUCCUGAUUGCUACUGACUUAGCAUCCCGAGGACUUGACGUAGACGAUGUCACACAUGUAUACAACUAUGAUUUCCCAAAGAAUGUCGAAGAAUAUGUGCACAGAGUUGGACGGACUGGAAGAGCUGGCAGAAGUGGAACAUCGAUCACCCUUCUGACUAAGAAUGAUGCCAAGAUUGCCAUUGAACUGAUUAAUAUUCUAAAAAGAACGAAUCAGCCUGUCCCAAAAGAUCUGUCAGCAAUGGCAGACCGAUAUAAAUUAUAUAAGCAAGGAACACAGGAACAUCGCACGGACGAUUUUAUUAAAACUUGAUUAAUGUCGUCAUUGCAAAGUUAUACUAUACUACUAGAAGGUCCAAGAUAUGUUAAAGAUAUUGAACACUCAAGAUACAAAGUUUGGACACAUUUUUGCAGUUUAAAGACACUUAACCAAGUUUGAAAUAUCCUAACACCUUCCACUACUGUUUAUGUUCCUUAAUAAAACAUAAAGA